GCCGCCGAGGCGCUGGGCCGGCAGGACUGCUGGCCGGAGACGCGAGUGGCGCUGAGCUUCGCGUGCGGGCUUGGCGGCGUGGCGGUGCUGGUCGGCUUCGUCCUGGGCACGUGCUGCGCGAGCUGUCUGGUGAACUACGGGGCCGCGGAGUGGCACUGGAGAAUAGUGCUCGCCGGACUGGUGUCCUCGGACUCCCGGGCCCUCAUCCUGACGCCGGAUGGUGACAUGUACAUGGAGGACUUCAAUGACGCCGUCGCCGUGCGUUGGUUGGGCCCGAACAACGAGGUGCCAGAGGGCGCGCCGCGGAACCUGAUCUAUCACUUCGGUCAGUUCCCGUCGGCGGCGACGCUGCGCAGACUGAUGCAGGAGGGUGCCUACACCGCUGGGCUAGAGGAUCAGCGCCGCGGGUACGGCAUCGCCGUGUGGGGAGCUGGAGGUGCCGCUGGCGCCGCGGGCGGCGCUGCCGCUGGGCCGGCCGUGGCCCAGGCGGGUGGGGCUGGCCGCGUGGCGGCAGGAGCGCCCGCCUACGUGCCGGCCCAGCCUCCCGCGCCGGGGGCGCCCGGCGAGGGCGAGGACGACGGGCCGGGCCCGGCGGCGCUCCAGGGCCUCAUGGGGGUCGGCCGCGACUUCCGGCCGCCAGCGCGGCCGACGGCGCAGCCGGUGACGGUCCACACUGUGCGCUGGGUGGCGGCCGAGAGCGUUGACUUCCCUGGAGGCAGCGUGGGCCGAGGAGAUGACGUGGCGUUCAACGGCUCGGAGAUGGUGUCGGGCCGAAAGGGGGUGAUCGUGCUGAUGGGUGUAUCCGUGCUGAUGGAGGACAUCGGCGACGCGGAUGUGGAGGCCUACAGGUCGAAGGAGGCCCGCCACGACGCGAGGUUGCUGAAGUUGCAGAGGGACUCCCGAGGCGACCGACAUCGUCCCUGGCGUGACGUGGCCCGUGAUGUGAGCGCAGUGAAGCAGACGGACUGGCCCGUGCCUGGCCCGCAGACGGCAGAGUGGUGCACUAAGUUCCUCGACCGACGGAGCGAGGGGCCCGUGGGCUGGGAUCGGCGCUGGCGGGCCGACAACAGGCUGUCCAUGGACCAGUGGGGGGUGUCCGAGCACGAGACGCUGGCGAAGAUCCUCGAGCGCUUGGGGACCCACGACCAGUGCGACGUUGUGAACCUAGCAGCGGCGGAGGACAUCGUGCGGCGGAUGCAGCUCAUCGAGUACUUUUACUACGAGGUCCAUCGGCAGUCGGACUCCAGCAAGCAGCAGGACAAGAAGGGCGGCAAGGGUGCGCGCCUUGAGGAGAUGGCCGUCUUCUCGGGGAAGCAUCGUGAGUAUGGCGAGGUGAUGGUGGCGCCCGAGCUGCUGACCUACGUCGCCUCCGAGCUGGAGCGGGACUCUGGCAUCAUGAAGCAGAUGAGGAAAGCCCGCGAGGAGCGCAGCUUGGGGAUGAUCCAGGCUGCGGUAGCUGAGCUCGGACGGCCGCCCGCCGACCUGACUCGCCAGGGAGCCCUCGCGGAGCUCCUGGCCAAGCGCAGUUACACCGGCGAGAAGGCGGCGGCGCGGAUGGCCGAGUCGGCCUUGAAGCGCCCAUACUACGAUCCUUCGCUGCAGGGGAGGCCGCGCCGGUAUGCGCGACUCCUUGCGGCCCUCGACGGCGCAGGCAUGCUCGAGUGGAGGCGGCAUGGAUCGCCCCGGGUAGGCCUGUUUACUGUUUGGAAAAAGAACGGCAAGCAAAGAUUGAUUGUCGACGCGCGUUUAUCCAACUUGUGUUUCGCCUCUCCUGAUCCAGUCGACCUGGCCACUGGCGGAUCGUUCGCGCCCCUCGAGGUUGACCCGGGGCCCCCAGUGUGCCUCGCCCAGGUCGACAUCCAGCCCGGCGUGUCCCUUUCAAACAAGCUCUCGGAUAAGAGGCCCGGGGUGCGUCUGGGCCGCUCGGGGUUUGCUCAAACUGAAUACGUGGACAACUUCGCGGCCAUCGGGCGUCAGGCCAGUGAGGUCGAUGCCGUGGCCGAUUCCGUUCUAGACGCCCUGACCACCGCGGGGCUCUGCAUGCAUCCUCGUGAGAGCUCGGUUGGCGGGUCCGUCUUGGGUUGGGAGUUUAGUGACGAGUGCCCUCAGGUUCGUGCGAGCCCUCGCCGAGUGUGGAGGCUCCGCCUCGGCAUAGAAGGGCUCCUAGAGAGGGGCUUCGCUACUGGUAGGGACCUCGAGGCCAUCAUUGGACAUUUCACGUUUGCCGCUCGAAUUCGGCCUGAGGCCGUGUGCGUGUUCUCCGCUGCGUAUGCCUUCAGUCAGCGGGGGGCCGACACUCGCCGUAGGCCAGGCGGGGCUGCGAAGCGGCGACCUGUGCAGGGCGAGCCGCUCACCCUGUCGCGAGCAGCGGCACUGUCCCAGGCUGGUCCGCGGCCGCGGCCGACCCAGAGGCAAGACCGGGCGAUGGCGUCGGCGAGACCCGCCAAGCCUCGGCCCGAGGUGCUGGCCACGAGGGGGGAGCGUGCCGCUGUCCGGCAAGCGAAGUUCCCCGAGGACAAGCGCGUGACAGACGGCGAGGGCCUCUCGCUGCUCGAGAGGGAGAGCGUGGGCGACCACAACCAGCGGGUCUACCAGUCGGUGCUCGUGGAGUUCAGGGUGUUCUCCAAGACCCUGGGCCUGCGCCUCAAGGCCGCUCAGGACUACGACGAGGCAGCCGUGGAGUGGGCCCACCGCGCGUUCUUCGACGGCGGCGACGCCCAGGAGGGGACAAGGCUCAAGGCGGUGCUGCUGUACUACUACCCGCGGCUCCUGUCCGUCGCCGGACUGCCCCGGUUCAGCCGAGCGCUGAAGGGGUGGAGGCGACUGGUGCCGCCUCGGAGCCGGCUGCCGCUGCCAUGGGAGGUCGCCUGCGCGGUGGCAAACAAGCUCGCGGCGAACCAGGACCUGCACGCUGCCCGCCUCAUCAUCGUGAUGUUCGUGUUCUACCUGCGUCCCGUGGAGCUGAUGUCGCUGACCGGGCGGCAAGUGGUGCCGCCGGUGCGGGCGGCAGGCCACGAUGCGUGGUCGCUCGUGCUGUUCCCCAUGGAGGAGGAGACGCCCAGCAAGACCGGCGCUUUCAACGAGAGCGUGCUGGGCGACCUGCCUUUCUACCGCUUCAUCGGCGACGUGCUGAAGCUGCUCGAGGCCGGCGUCGACGACAAGGGUCUCGUGGCCCAGGUGCGGCACGUGCAGCUGGCACAGGCGUUCCGCACGGCGGGCCAGCAGCUGGGCCUCGAGGGCCCACCAGGGCCCCCGCCCUUGCGGAGUGACCUGCACGUGAUGGGGUUGCCCGACCUAGCGCCUCGUGACGCUGAAAAGGUCAGGGUCGGCAACGCCCUGAUGAAGUUCUCAGCCUCGCUGUUUAUGCUGU